GCUGAGUGCACACCUGUAUCCAAUCAGCUCAUCAUAGGUCGCAGACUGUUGGAACUGCUGAGCGACUUUAAGGGCCAAUACAGUAGUUUGACUCUUUAUCCAGCUGAAUUAAACUGCAGCAGAAAGAAGAGGUCUCUCCAGCAUGGCAGAGCGCAGAGGAAACCAGGACGAGCUGCCGGUUUAUCUGGCUCGACCAGGCACCGCCGACCAGGUGCCCCGGCAGAAAUACGGCGGCUUGUUCUGCAACGUGGAAGGCGCGUUUGAGAGCAAAACCAUCGACUUUGAUGCCCUGAGCGUCGGCCAGAGGGGCUCCAGGACACCGAGGACCGCCAAGAGAGAGACCGAGCAGGGGGCGAGGAGCCCGGCUACUGACAGCAAGAUCUGCACCCCUGGUGUGGAGAGUCCUGCAGCUGACAGGCGACGAGGAGGGAAAGAAGUGUUGCAGAACCUGGGAGAUGACAAGAGCGACAGGCUUCUGAUCAAAGGCGGGAGGAUCGUGAAUGAUGACCAGUCCUUCCAUGCCGACAUCUACAUGGAGGAUGGCGUCAUUAAGCAGAUCGGCGACAACCUGAUCGUGCCCGGUGGGGUGAAGACCAUCGAGGCCAACGGGAAGAUGGUGAUCCCCGGCGGCAUCGACAUCCACACCCACUUCCAGAUGCCGUACCGCGGAACCACAACCGUGGACGACUUCGCUCAGGGAUCUAAGGCUGCUCUCGCCGGGGGCACGACCAUGAUCGUGGACCACGUGAUCCCAGAUCCCGGCUGCAGCCUGAUGGAGGCCUACGACCAGUGGAGGCAGUGGGCCGAUGAGAAGAGCUGCUGCGACUACUCCCUCCACGUGGACAUCACCCACUGGAACGACAGCGUGAAGCAGGAAGUGGAUACCCUCAUCAAGGAGAAAGGUGUCAAUUCUUUCCAGGUCUACAUGGCUUACAAGGACUACUACCAGAUGAGCAACAGUGAGCUCUAUGAAAUCUUUACCUUCUUGGCGGAGAGGGGAGGCAUCGCUGAGGUCCACGCUGAAAACGGCGAGAUCAUCGCUGAGGAGCAGGCCCGCAUGCUGCAGAUGGGUAUCACUGGACCGGAGGGACACGUGCUGAGCAGGCCAGAAGAGCUGGAGGCAGAGGCGGUGUUUCGUGCCAUCACCAUCGCCAGCCAAACCAACUGUCCUCUCUACGUGACCCGGGUCAUGAGCAAGAGCGCCGCUGACAUCAUCUCACAGGCCCGGAAAAAAGGAAACGUCGUGUUUGGGGAGCCAAUCACGGCCAGCCUGGGGACUGACGGGACGCAUUACUGGAGCAAGAAUUGGGCCAAGGCUGCUGCUUUUGUAACAUCACCUCCUCUCAGCCCCGAUCCCACCACUCCAGACUAUCUGAACACACUGCUGUCCAGUGGAGACCUGAGUGUGACCGGCAGUGCUCACUGUACCUUCAGCGUGGCCCAGAAGGCCAUCGGCAAGGACGACUUCACUCAGAUCCCAGAAGGUGUUAACGGAGUGGAGGAGAGGAUGACCCUCAUCUGGGAUAAAGCUGUGACUACAGGCAAGAUGGACGAGAACAUGUUCGUGGCGGUCACCAGCACCAACGCAGCUAAGAUCCUGAACCUGUACCCGCGUAAGGGCCGGAUCGCCGUGGGCUCUGAUGCCGAUCUGGUCAUCUGGGACACAGACUCCAUCAGCACCAUCACUGCCAAGACGCACAACUCGGCUGCUGAGUACAACGUCUUUGAGGGCAUGGAGCUGCGUGGAGGCCCACAAGUGGUGAUUUGCCAGGGGAAGAUUGUCCUGGAAGAUGGGAACAUGCACAUCAUCUCCGGCGUGGGUCGCUUCAUUCCCUGCUCUCCCUUCCCUGACUUCGCCUACAAGCGUGUUAAAGCCAGGAAGCAGCUGGCGGUCCUGAGGGCAGUACCCAGAGGAAUGUACGACGGCCCGGUGUCUGAAUUCUCCAUGUCCCGCGGUGGCACCCCAUCAGCUUCAGCACGUACCUCUCCCACCAAACAGCCUGUCAGAAACCUCCACCAUCAGACUGGAUUUAGUCUAGCAGGUAACCCUGCACCCUGCGGUCCCCCCACCCCAGAUGACAUCCCCAUCAGGCCUGCUGGCCGCCGUAUCGUAGUGCCCCCCGGUGGCCGUUCCAACAUCACAUCCCUCAGUUAAACAGCAAGAAGACAAAGGGGACGCAUCCUGAAAACGACAGCAGCCAGAGUGCAGGAUUGAGGGAGGGAGGGUAAAGGGGAGGCAGGGAGGGUAAAGGGGAGGGAGGGAGGGAGGGAGAAGGGGAGGGAGGGAGGAGCAGAUGCAGAGGACCAUGAUUAGUUAAAAGUUAAAAGAGCAAAACACUGAAUCCUCAUGCCUUACCUGUCACAACGCUACCUGGCUCAGAUGAGAACAUCGUCCCUUUUCCUGGAGAAUUAGUACUGAAGUGUUACCACCAAAUCACAACACACAUGACCAGUCUUUAGCCUCACUUCUUCUCAGUAUAGAAUACACCAGAAACAUUCAACCAAGUAAGAAAACAAAAGUUCUCAAAAGGAAAAUGGAUACUGCUUUUCUCAUGAAUGACGCCACGGUUCUUUCACCCUGUUUGGCUUUCAAUGUCAUCCCCUUUUUUCAGUAUCCUGCUUCGUCCAUAGUCAGCAAAAAAACAUAACACUAGAUCCCACGUUAGCCAUGUAUUAUCAUGCAGUACCAUUGACUAGCUCUAGGUGGCAUUGUAUAUACGGUAGAUGUAAUGUAGCUUUGUGAAUGAUGUUGUUGCAGCCUGUUUGGGUUUACUGGACCAAGUAAAAAGGUGUUUAUCAAAACCUCAGAGCAGGAGUGCUGUUGGACAUGGAGCUGCAUGGGCCACAAUGACAUGGGCGACGUGAUCCAUGAUCCCCUGAGGUGCUUGAUGAAUACCGUCCCCAUGAUGUAUUGAUUGAGUAAUUAUUGAUGUUAAAAAAAGGAAGAUCUUGUGAAGACAAAAAAAUAGAAAAAUUUAAUUUUUAGAAAAGGUUUUACAAUUCUUUAUCCCCAAAAAGGUUUAUGUGCGGUUUUAUUUCCUGCACUCCUUCAUCGCUGUAUAAAAAAAAGAACAUAAGAAACCGUCCUUUGCAUUUGCUUCUAGCUUAUUGGCUGCUCCUGUCAUCCUCAAAUCAUCUUGAAAAAGAGGAAUAAAAGAUUAAAAAAAAAAAAAAAAGAAGUACAAAUACAACCGUCCCUUGUAGUCACUUUUAAUGAUGAGCUUCGCACUUGAGGUCAACCAAGAAAACCAGAUGCAAUUAAAUGAAUAAGUAAGAAACACCUGCUUUCAGAUAACAGCACUUCACCUCUUGCUUUACUUUUUCAUUCCUGACAAACUGGGCUCACAUUUUAGGACAAGAGGAACACCAUCACUCCCUUGUCAUCCCAACGUAGCCCUCUAACGCAAUCCUGACUAAUUCAACACCAGCCUGAAUAUAACUCUGGGCCCACGUUAGUUUACAGACGCACUCUAGAUGUGAUUGUGUUGGGGGGCCUUAGAGCUCUUUCUGUCUCUGCUGUUUUCUGAUAAGGCAGAGGAUCGCGGUGCAACGAGGGAAGUUUUUAUUUUGUCGCUGUCCCACUGCAGGGGGGAGGGAGGAAAAGGAGAUGGCGUUUUUAUUUUGGCAGUGGCGGGGGCCGACUCUGAGGCAGGCACGAGUGGUGGUUUGUUGUAUUUAUGUUAGUUUGACAACCUUUUGUUAAUGUUUUUAUGUUGUUUCUUUUUUACUGUUGUAUCAAAAACCCAGAGAUGGCAGGUCAAAAAUAAGGUGUGUUGUUGAGGUAUGAUUUGUUUCCUGAAUAAACAUGAGUUGCAACUGAC